AUGUGGUUUGACAGGUGGGUGGUAGGGACGCAGCUGCUGGCCAAGGUGCGCGGCUGGAAGUGCCACUGGCCGGUGGUGGUGUGGAGCGCUCGGCUGUGCCUGCGCAAGGACAUGGGCCAGCUGCUGGAGUCCCACAAACAUGAGCGGGUGCUGGUGCGGUUCUACGGCGAGCGCAGCAUGAUGUGGGUGCGGCAGGAGGAUCUGCGCAAGGACAGCCUGGACGACGGCCAUGUGGCCGACAUGCAGGACUGGGAGCGCCUGCACCGCAAGCCUGGGCUGGUGCAGUCGGUGUUGGAGGAGCUGGAGGGUGCCUGUGGCGAGCCGGCGGCCGAGCAGCCAUGCCUGACGCCGACCGACCUACCAGACGGCGCCUGGGACUGCCCCUGCUGCGGCCAGGCCAACACCUGCCUGGGGGAUGAAGCGGAGGUUGACACAGAGGAGAAGGUGGAGCGCAUGGGGCUGACGCCUGACUGGAUCAUCCAGGCGGCGUCUUUUGUGGUGUUUCGGCUGCCGCGGCCGACGCCGGAGCAGCCGUUCAUAGCAGGCCUGCUGGAUCCAUGCACCAACUCCAUGGUGGCGCCCAACAUCCCCGCCCAAGUCCUCUAUGACAAAAAGAUGAACGGGCUGCUGAUGAGCAACAGCUGGGCGGGGUUCCAUGUGCUGCUCAACCCCGACUACUCGGCCGCCACUCAGUGGCGCUUCGUCAAUCGCGCCAUCGACGAGGUGCCGGCGGUGCUGCUGGUGUGCCGCAACAGCACGGACACGGCGUACUUCCAGCGCCUGCGGCCCUACCCGCGCGUCAUGCUGCGCCGCGGCAAUGCCCGUUUCAAAGAUUAUGACAAGACGCCCAUUGGCUUCGGCGUCGCCGUCUUCUGCAUCGCCAAAGCCCCCGCCACGGAGCUGUACGAGCGGUUCUUUGACGGCUUUGCGGCGAUGGGCGAGCCCAACAUCCCCAUAGACAAGGCGCUGAUGCAGAGCACUGCAUUCUUGGAGCUGCUGGGCCGCCUCAAGCGCCACUCCGAGGAGCACCAGCGAGACCACUGGAUCCAGUGCAGCCUGUGCGUCCAGUGGCGCAUCAUCGCCUAUGAGACCCUGCUGCAAGUUCGCAGCGACGCCUCGUGGACCUGUGCGCAGCUCAGCAAGCGCGAGCUGGCCGGCACCCGGGGCUAUGCCACCAUCGGCUCCUCUGAGUCAGCGACGCCGGGCCAACCCAGUGACGGCCCAUGUGCCGGGACGGCUGCGCACGAAGACCAGCCGGCAGAGGACGCGUGCACUGCUGUAGAGGCACCUGGCAGCCUGGAGGCCUGCGCCAGCACCAGCAUGGAUGCUGCGGAAGAAUCGCUGCAGCAGGACUCGCAGGAGAGCGACACUUGCCACCUGCAGAGCUGCCAAGUCAGAGCGCCAGUGCAGCAGAUGCAGCCAGCACAAGCGCAUGCUCCGCAGCAGCAGGAAGCUCCCGUGCAGCUGGCGCAGCAGCACGCGGCGGCUGGGCCGCAGAAUGAGUUUUUGCAGGCUGCAUUACAGCGGCUGCCGCCUUCUCAGAUCCUGUCCACAGGUGGCCUCGAGUCUGCCGGCGAUGAAGAGUGCCAGGUAGACGCCACAGCAAUUCCUUGA